AGCUUAUGUGACAGGCGUUCCCAGCUACCCGAGUAGCUGCAACUGGCACCCGAACUGUAGACAUGUGUGGAAUCUUUGCCUAUCUCAACUACCAUGUGCCAAGGACUCGCCGUGAGAUCCUUGAGAUCCUCCUCAAAGGCCUGCAACGUCUGGAGUACCGAGGCUAUGACUCAGCGGGUGUGGGAAUUGAUGGCGGUAAUGGUAAGGACUGGGAGUCAAAUGCCAAGUCUAUCCAUCUGAUCAAGCAACGUGGAAAAGUGAAGGUUCUUGAUGAGGAGAUCCACAAACAGCAGGAUCUUGACCUGGAUGUGGAGUUUGACGUUCACAUCGGCAUUGCUCACACCCGCUGGGCCACCCACGGUGUGCCGAGCCCGGUUAACAGCCAUCCACAUAGAUCUGACAAGACAAAUGAGUUCAUUGUCAUUCACAAUGGAAUUAUCACCAACUACAAAGACCUGCGGAAAUUCCUGGAGAGCAAAGGCUAUGAGUUUGAGUCAGAGACUGACACAGAGACCAUCGCCAAGCUGGUGAAGUACAUGUAUGACAACCGGGAGAAUGAGGACAUCAGUUUCACUACAUUGGUGGAGCAGGUGAUCCAGCAGCUGGAGGGAGCCUUUGCCCUGGUCUUCAAGAGUGUGCACUACCCCGGAGAGGCAGUUGGCACAAGGAGGGGAAGUCCCCUGCUGAUGGGAGUGAGGAGUGAUCACAAGCUGUCCACAGAUCAUAUUCCUGUGGUCUACUGCUCCUCUGGUAAAGACAAGAAGGGCAGCAGUGCCCUACCCAGGACAGACCAGGACACCUCCCUGUUCCCUGUGGAUGAGAAAGCUGUGGAGUACUACUUUGCCUCUGAUGCAAGUGCAGUGAUCGAGCACACUAACCGCGUGAUCUUCCUGGAGGACGACGACGUGGCUGCCGUGAUGGAUGGCCGCUUGUCCAUCCACAGGAUUAAGCGUACGGCCGGAGACUAUCCAGCCCGCGCCGUCCAGACCCUGCAGAUGGAGCUACAGCAGAUCAUGAAGGGCAACUACAGCUCCUUCAUGCAGAAAGAGAUCUUUGAGCAGCCAGAGUCUGUGGUCAACACCAUGAGAGGGAGAGUCAACUUCGACAAUAACACAGUGAUCCUAGGUGGACUGAAGGACCACAUCAAAGAGAUCCAGAGGUGUCGGCGACUUAUCCUCAUUGCAUGCGGCACCAGUUACCAUGCUGGGGUGGCGACCCGUCAGGUCCUGGAGGAGCUGACCGAGCUGCCUGUCAUGGUGGAGCUGGCCAGCGACUUCCUGGACAGGAACACUCCUGUCUUCCGAGACGACGUCUGCUUCUUUAUCAGCCAGUCAGGGGAGACUGCUGACAGCCUCAUGGCCCUGCGCUACUGUAAGGAGAGGGGAGCUCUGACUGUGGGCGUCACCAACACAGUUGGCAGCUCCAUCUCCAGGGAGACCGACUGCGGAGUCCACAUCAACGCCGGCCCUGAGAUCGGAGUAGCCAGCACCAAGGCCUACACCAGCCAGUUCGUGGCCCUGAUCAUGUUUGCACUCUUGAUGUGCGAUGACAGGAUUUCCGUGCAGCCCAGACGCCGUGAGAUAAUCCAGGGCCUGAGAGUGCUUCCAGAUCUGAUUAAGGAGGUCCUCAGUUUGGACGAUGAGAUCCAGAAGCUUGCGACAGAGCUGUACCAGCAGAAGAGUGUACUGAUCAUGGGCAGAGGCUACCAUUAUGCUACCUGCCUGGAAGGAGCACUGAAAAUCAAGGAAAUCACGUACAUGCAUUCAGAGGGAAUCCUGGCCGGAGAGCUGAAACACGGUCCGCUGGCCCUGGUGGAUAAACUCAUGCCGGUCAUCAUGAUCAUCAUGAGGGACCACACCUACACCAAAUGUCAGAACGCCCUGCAGCAAGUUGUAGCUCGCCAGGGCCGCCCCAUUGUGAUCUGUGACAAAGACGAUUACGAGACCAUCAAGAACUCCAGCCGCACCAUCAAAGUGCCUCACUGCGUGGACUGCCUGCAGGGCGUCCUGAGCGUCAUCCCGCUGCAGCUGCUGUCCUUCCACCUGGCCGUCCUCCGAGGUUACGACGUGGACUGUCCAAGAAACCUGGCCAAGUCUGUGACAGUAGAGUGAGCCGCACCAUUCAUCACCGAACAACAAAAGCCUGGCAGACACACAUUCAAAGAGACGGCGAGGGAGCGUCGCUAUGCAGAAAUCAAGAGAAGACGAUGUUCCAUUUAUGUGUCUAGUGUCACGGCUCUUUUUAAUCUUUUACCCAACAGUCGUGUAUCUCACUGUUGUAUACUAUCUGUAUCUCACUGUCUCUUUUGUCAGAACCCUUUGGCAUCAUUGUCGUAUUAUUGUUGGAGAAGUUGUUUGUCUGAGAUGGCACGGUUUGGGCUGGCGCUGACAUUAUCUUCAUUACUCUGACCGUUUGGGAAUAAUCACAUUCAUGCUCAUAACUUGCGAGCAAGCCCUCCUUGUAUAUUUGUGCUUAUUAGUCUCACUGGGAGCGUCUCGGGGCUGAUGUUAAAGCUGUUGACUGACAGAAAUUAGGAUUUAAAGACCUUACUGGCUCUUUUUUUUGUCUUUAGUGCAAUGAUUUGUAGUUUAGUUGGGAUAUUUUUCUUUGGCAGCUAAUCAUCUGAAGUGUCUUCACUCCACAGUUGAAGUAAACGAGUCUUAAAUCAUUCCAAGCCACAGGUCACCGCUUCAUAAUUGCAGUGCAGUUUGCCAGUUUUGACUCAGUUUCUCUCUUGGACUUUCUUCUGAGGACACAGAAUUUACAGCAGGAGCAGCAGCAGUUAGAUCACAGAAAAGCUUGUGAAUACACUACUGUGUAAAGUCUUCUUGGGUAGGUUGCAAAAGCUUGCUCUUGUGUUUAAACUGACUGUUUCGGAUUUCAAACUCUGGUCUUGGUCAGCUCAGUUAACGAGAAUACACCUCGUUUAGUGAGCCACUUGCACCAGAGCGUGACAUUUUGUUUACCAUACACUGUUUCUACUUCUUAGUAUGUGCUUUAAAGCUAUUUGUGCACAAUUUAGUUUUUGAUUCUUAUGUUUAACCUGCUCGCCUCACACCUCAAAAGAGAGACUCCAUGUCUCCAGUUUACAUUUAAACUAAAAACUGAAGUAAUUAAAGCGAGAUGAAGAGUUUAUCUGUAGAGUAGAAGUUGCACCCAGCUGCCAGCCCGCACCCUGCCACCAUGACUUCUGCAAUAUUGGGACCAUUUGAAGCAAGUUUUUUUUUUCUUUUGUUAUAUUUGUUUGUCUUUUAAAAAAAAAAAAAAGAUUGUUAUAUUACUGAAGUUACUCUUUGAUUUGAAAUGUGAACAUUACUGUAAUUUGAACCAAAAAUCUCUACAGUGGCUUUGGCAGAUGUAAACCAAAACAUAUAUUUUAUAUGUUGAUUCUGUGUUUUUGUAGCCAAACCUGUAGUGAUGCCUGUAGAUUGUGUGCUGUGAAGAGGGGGCAUAUACAUAGUUUUAUGGCAGUGUGUCAGACUGUAGAUGUUUAUUUAGAUCAAAACUCAGAUGCCAGCUGUGUGUGUGUGUGUGUACGAUCUCAAAUGUGUUUCAAAAGCCAAGGAAAACGUGCCAUUGUACACACACACACACACACACACAGUAGUGAAGAAAUAGGAGCUGCUUGUUUUGUCCUUUAGUCCAUCGCAUAUUUUCAGUUUAUCAUAUUUAUCUUGCUUUUGCAAUCAAGCCUUAACUCGAUUUUUGCAUUUGUGUUCCCAAACAUUGAGCUUCUUCUGAGCCAGUGAAAGGGUUUGAAAACUGGACAAUGUUGGUACUUCUGUAGCCCACAUAUAUUAGCAGAUUCAUGACUGGAGGCACUGACAAAGGAAGCUGCACUGAAUCCUAGCAACACCUGUUGGGUUACUGAGAGAGUGGGGGCACUAUGUGUUAGUGGAACUGAUGCAAUAAAGUGUCAUGUACUUCCCUUUUUGAGUGUCCGAGCUCAUUCGAUGAAAAGGUGCAGUUGUUCAUGCUCGUCGUAGUCUCACACAUCCCGACAAUGAUGCCAAAUAUUGUGCUUGAUUAGAGUGGGCUGCAAAAAUCGUACAAUUAUUUUAUUCAGAUAAAAACAGUAGAGUCGUAGAAUUACAUUUGGAAUGAUAUUAAAAGUUUGCAAAUCA